AUGAUUCCGCCGACCCCGUCUGUGACAGUCCCUCCCGACAGCUCGGCCAAACAGCUCCUUCAACUCGGGAAGCCCUUUGUCGACUUUCCGAGAUUCAGCAUUCUCGCACUUCAAGACCAGAAGGACCACGACGGCAACCCCCUCCCUUUCUCCGAAUGGUUGACCAAACGUCUUCAGCUCGGUCAGCCUUUUGUCAUUGCCGAUUUUGACAAGCUCGACAUCUGGCGCAAGGCGGGCUCGGGUUCAGGCUCAGGUUCACAAGAUGGUGCUGCCUCUGGCUUUGGGAUCGAGAGCCUGAUCGAGUUGAGCACCAAGAAGAACAUACCCAUUCGCAAUUGCAGCACCGGGCGAGACUUGUCCUUCACACUGCGCAAGUUCGCGGACAGUGCAAGACAGUCGUUCCCCGAGUUCCAGAACCUGUACGCCAGAGAUCUACAAUGUCCCCCGCAGUGGUUGGAACUCUGUCGCCAACUCCUCCCAGCCGAGGUGCAAUGGGGAGGUCGGCUCGAUCUGUUCCAGUGGCUGCCCCAGUGUGCCAGGAGCGAAGUGAUGAUGGCCUAUGUGGGUAGCGAAGGAUCUUCUUCUGGUUUCCAUCGAUGCUUUUCCAGCACAGUCGCUCUGAACCUUCUUGUCGAAGCAGAUGAUCGUCCAGUGGUCUGCAUCGGCACCGACUUCGACUCGCAGCAGAAAUACAAUGCUUUUAUGACUGCUCGCGGUGUCUCACCUCAUCUGGACUGGUUGAAUAUUGGAACGGAGGACCUGCUUCAGGCGGAUUUCCCGCUGUACGCCUACGACCAACGAGUGGGCGAUCUUGUUGUCUUCCCUCCUGCCACUGCCCAUCAGGUUUGGAACCCCUCGACCCUUUCGGCCAAGCUGGUUUGGAAUAUCCUCCAUCCCCUGUCGCUUGAGGUCGGCUUCAAGUAUGUCCAAGCACCCUUCAACCGAUUGUGCCAUCCCGACGUCGCUCGCACAAACUUGUCCUUGGCAUGUGCUAUGCUAUCGUUACUUCAAGAUGACCAACAUUCCGGGACGUCGCUCCCACUUCCCCCGGACCUUCCCCUCCUUUCGCACCUAUUUCGACAGAUGGUCCACGAUGAAUCCAUCGAAUCCGAACCAUUUACGCCUAUUACUCUUGUGCCCAUGCAACCAGGGACCAUUGCCACGUGCAACUUUUGCACCACCGCUAUCUGGAACCGGCAUGUACGAUGUACCCAGUGCGCCGACUUCGACCUCUGCCUGCUGUGUUAUCUCAAUGGGAGAUCUUGUGAGCAUUCCCAAUCUUACGCAUGGGCCGAGCUUGUUCCCGCCGACCAAUGUACCAGAGUAUUAAAUCGGGCACGAGAAAUCCUGGGCUUCCAGCCAGAAGAGCCGCGGUCGCUCGAUCGUUCCAAGACAUUAGGCACGGCCGUCAACGAUCUCAUGCGCGCCAAACUCUCUACCACUGCUCGGUUGUGUCACCUGUGUCGGAUUGAUCACCAGGAGUGGAAGGGACGUCGCUGCGACAAGUGUACGGCAUUUUUCUGCUACCGAGGUUUGUUCCGACAUUUCGACACAUUCCCAAGUGACGUGAUCCGGCACAAGGGGUUAUGGACGUGCCCGAAAUGUGAGGAGAGUUGCAACUGUCGGUGCUGUCAUUUCGUGACUGCAUACGUCAAGAGCGAGAAGCCUGCGAGUAAAAGGAGAGUCAAGGCGUGCGAUACACGAGGGAAAGUAAUGGGGUUUGCGGACAACGUCUUCGACCAACGGCGUGGCCGCAAGGAAAGCACGAACAGCGCAGGACAAGGUGCGAUACUACCCGGAUUGGCCCAAAUCACUGGCAAAAAGCGGGCUAUCUCAACGUCGGCUGAGCCAGGACCUGCGACCCCGUUGAGGAAAGUGGAGCUGCCGACUCCAGAGCCCGAUCUCUCUGCGCAUAGUCGACUCAUCAGGUCGCGCGAGGGAUCCGAGUACACCAUCGACACUGCGUUUACUAGUCUUAACACCAGUCUACCUACAUUGUUACCGAGCCUUAAAUCAUUGGCAGACGGAGCGGAAUUUAUGAUCAGUCCAACAGAUGAGAGACGAUCACGAGUGAGCAGCUCGCCGUCACUUGCGACCUUGUCAUCGGCAGGAUUGGGUAAAGGACGGAUGGCACCGACCGCCCAUCACGUGCCAGACAAUGUACUUCCACCGAUGUUGGGCCAUACGACAGCCAAUGGGAUCUUUGUGCCGCAGGCGGCCGCUAAUGGGAUGUCGGCGGCCAUGUCAUCGCCAGGCCAGUUGGGAAUUCUUCAUGAAUGCAAAGCCUCGACGACAGAACUCGAUGCGUCGCUUGCCGAACUCGAAACACGGCUACGAAGUUUGAAGAAAUACGAUGACGACUUCAUCUCCCUGGAUUUGGAGGACAGCCGCAAACUGCUGGCUGAGCAGUUGGCGGAGGUGGAGAAUGAGAUCCGGCUGAAAAAGAAAGAGAAGGGCCGGAUACUUAUUCAAAGGCUGAAAAGAGAAGGAUUUGGAGGGCUUGCGGCCAGCGUGGGCAAAGAAGUCGGAUUAGGGCUGGAUGGCGGUGGCGAGGGCUAA